AUGUCAGCUCCGAUUCUAGGCCCUACAUUUGCGGGCCCUUUUCUCGGAUAUCCGCAUUUUUCUCGUUUCUUGGUGUUCACCAACCUUCCCAGGCGCAACACCGCCAAUUGGGACGCCAUCGUUGAAGUCAUCGUCGCAAUCGCGACAAGGGCGAACGCCUUCGACAUCCAGAAGGUUUUGCGAACGGCCGAAGGGUUCUUACAGCACCACGUCCUUUGGUUGGCUUUCUCAGACGCCGCAAGUGCGACCUGCGUCCGGGGCGUCUUUAUCGAUAGGACGUUUGGCGAGUGCAAGUCGGUGGAUUGUCAAUUCGUUUCCGGAAACACAUACAGCUCUGCCGCCUCGCGAUCGCAAGACUCGUGGUCCUUGAGAACGGGCUUCGAGCAGGAUCAGCAGGUAUCCAGGAGAUCCUUGUCUCUUCUGGAAUGCCUAAAUCCAAGGAAGCGCCGUCGCCGUGGUCGUACGCAUCGUUCUGAAGUGCACUAG